UCAUAUGUUGCCGGUGGAUUGAAAUUUUUGUCAARAUUGAAGACUUUAUAACUUCUCURAUAAUUCUAAAUUUKCACCAAGAAAGCAUUCCGUUAUAAAYACAGAGUCUUAAAAUGACUGAGGACGUAGAAAUGAAGGAUUCGUCAAAGACGAACGAGAAAGAAGAACCAAAAGAAGAAGCGGUAUCCAAAGAAGAAAAAGAAAAGCUGAUUCUUGAAGCCUCGCCCAACAAAGACRCACUUCUUUCAUAUCUUGAUGAGCCAAUGGAGACAGAGUCUACGGGUGUGCCAUUUAGACCACGCAGUGCUAAAGCUGCAAGUAUUCCACUCAUCCCUGAGAUUGAGACAUACCUUCACCUUUUGAUUGUCAUUCACUUGAUUGAUACAAAGUGUUAUAAGAAGGCUGUGAAGUGCUCAGAAGAUCUGUUGAAAAAGACCCAAGGGAUCAAUAGAAGAUCUCUUGAUCCUCUGUUAGCCAAAUGCUACUUCUUUCAUUCCAGAGCCUAUGAAUUGACAGAUAAUUUAAAAGAUGUGAGAAGUUUCUUYCACAGUAGACACAGAACCGCUACACUAAGACAUGAUGAUGAAGGCCAAGCAAGUCUUCUCAAUUUGCUACUAAGAAACUAUCUACAUUAUAACCUCUAUGAUCAGGCUGAUAAGCUUGUUUCCAAAUCCACAUUYCCAUCAUUGGCUUCMACCAAUGCUUGGGCUAGAUACCUUUACUACACAGGUAUUAUCAAAGCUAUUCAGCUUGACUAUUCAGARGCUCACAAGAAUCUACUACAAGCCAUAAGAAAGGCUCCUCAGAACAGUGCUUAUGGCUUCAAACAGACGGCCCACAAGUUUGCAAUAGUAGUGGAACUCUUACUUGGUGAAAUUCCAGACAGGUCCAUUUUCAGRCAACCGUAUUUAAGGAAGACACUUGUGCCAUAUUUUCAGUUGACCAAAGCUGUCUUAACUGGAGAUCUGAAGCACUUCAACCAAGUUGUUGAAAAAUUCAAAGACAAGUUUAUGGCAGAGAAAACGUACACCUUAAUCAUCAGGUUACGUCACAAUGUUAUCAAGGCAGGGGUUAGAAUGAUCAACCUGUCUUACUCAAGAAUCUCUCUGGUGGACAUUGCCCACAAACUUCAGUUGGACAGCCCAGAAGAUGCAGAAUUCAUUGUUGCCAAGGCAAUUAGAGAUGGAGUCAUAGAAGCCACUAUCAAUCAUGAGAAAGGAACCGUACAGUCAAAGGAAAAUACUGAUAUUUACUCGACCAGUGAGCCACAAGGAGCAUUCCAUCAAAGAAUUAGUUUUUGUUUAGACAUUUAYAACCAGUCCGUCAAGGCCAUGAGAUUUCCACCAAAAUCCUACAGCAAAAACUUGGAGUCCUUCGAGGAGCAAAGAGAAAGAGAAAAGCAAGACAUGGAGCUUGCUAAAGAAAUGGCCGAAGAUGAUGAUGAUUUCCCUUGAGUUAUUGUACUUUAAUUUUAGAAAUCCUUUGAAGCGGGAACAAUAAAAAAGCUAAAGACUUCAUUAAAUAAAUCAUGCUUGAGUUUAUUUGAUACAACAGCACCAUUAACACAGUUAUUUUCAGACUCCUCGUCACCAUUUCCAGUGUCAUCUCAUUACACACAUACACAAUAUAUACAGGUUUCAUUAAUUAAAAUUUGGGCUUUUAAUGUGCUGAACUUUAUUUUUGGUUUCAAGAAUAGUAUUUACAUGGUAACUGAAAUGGUCAAACAUGACAUACUGAUAUCAUUUUCUGCAUUAAAAUUGUUUUUCAGUGAAGGGUGCAAAAUCAGAAUAAUCAAUAAAUUGCAAUUGGUUAAUAGAAGACAAUA